AUGGCUGCCCUGCGUGCCAUGGGGCUGGAGGGCCAGGGCUGGAGUGCCAGCACAGCACAGGGCUGGAAGGCAAACUGCAGCCAGCGGCUCCAGGAGCUGGGCGCCACCAUCGCCUCGCAAGAGCGAGGGAGGAAGCUUUUUGCCCGGUCGUGUGAGGAGAAGCUCAGGCAGAACAGAGAGCUGCUCUCUUGCCUACGUGAGGCCGUGCAGGAGGACGUCCAUGCCCUGGAGACUGCCCAGAAGAGCGCACGGCAGAGGGACCUGGUGCCGGCACAAGGACAGCCCCAGGGGGCUGCAAGCCCUGCCUCCAGCCUGACGAAGGCUCGUGUGCCCAUCCUGGUGGCCAAGGAGAAGCUCCAGAAUGAAAUCUAUGACUGGGUGAACACGUGCGACAUGCUGCUGUACCAGCUGAGGCAGCGGAGCGGAGCUGAGCCGGACGAGCUGCAGAGGCAACUGCAGUAGCUGAAGGAUGCCAAGCUGAAUGACAAGCAGCACCGGGCGCAGGUUCAGGUGGUUCGCCAGCUGGACAAUAACAUUGAGAAGAUGGUGACCAAAGUCCGUGCUGGACAGAGGGUGACUGCCCUGCACCUGGUGAUACGGGAUGUCCUGAGGAAGGAGCUGGUCCACCUGCCUCCACACCUGGACCUCCUGUGUGAGAUGGCCGAGCUGUACCGUGGGGAGUUGGAAGACAUAGAGCUCAUGGCCUUGCAUGCUCUCAAAGCUGCUGAUGUAGCCAAGGAAGAAAUGGACAAGAGAAAAACCCAGUUGCUUGUGCAGAGACACCUCAGGCGUUGCUCCCUGGCUGCCCAGGAGCGGAAUAUCGACAGAGCCUGGCUCAGGGAAGCAAAGGAAAAGUAUCGGAGAGUGCAAGCCAGGAACAAGCUCACCGCGGACUUCCAGACCCUGCAAUUGCAGGACCCACUGGUGGGCUCCAAACUGGAGGCCACCAAGUCCCAGCUGGAGUGCGAGGCACGGGUGACCGAGAAGAUGGAGAAGGCCAAGGCUGCGGUGCAGUGGUCCUGCCUCUGGGAAAUCCCCGACAGGCUCGUGGAACAGCAGAAGUCCUCGAUGGACCUGGAGUGGUACAUCGAGGAGUGCAAGGAGAAGCAGCAGGCGCUGAAGGAGACGCUGAAGGAGCUGGAGCUGAAGGAGGCUGAGCUGAAAUUUCACACGCCCUCCAACGCAACCAGUUGUAUGGAUGUGAAUGUGGUUGACUCCAGGACGCUGGAGGAGGAGCUGAGGAGGAACCUGCAGCGGGAAGAGGCUCGGCUGGAGGAGAUGCGAGCCCAGAUGCUGAGGAACCAGGAGCUCUUGCUCGAGUUUGAAAUCGGCAUCGACCACCUCUUUCUCUGUCUGCAUGGCAUCACCAUACCUGGCCAGGACGAUUCUGUCAAGGCCAAGGGGGUGCAGGAGAAGCUCCAGCACUGUGAGCAGAAGCUGCAGUACCUGAUGCAGCGGGUGGCUGACCUGCCCCCCCGACAGACGCAGCCUAACGAGGACAAUGAGACUUUUGUGAAGGUCAGAAAUUUUCUGGAGAAAACAACUGUGAACAUGAACGAGCGGCACGACCUGGAGAUUUACUUGGAGGACAUAAUCCCUAGGGACCAAC